UCGUCAGUCUUGUAAAAUCAACCGUACCGAGGGGAGUUUUUUCGCUAACCCGGCAAAUUGCGGUGCUAGAUCCAACAGCAUAAGGCGCCGGAGGAUAAGCGAAGUGGUGGUGAUUACGGUGGGAGAGCUCGGGGUGAACAUUUGGUGGCAGCAUUACAGCAGACUUUUGCCGAAUAGUGAAGCUGAUUGCAAAAUCAACUAUUUUCGUCUAGGUGUUCUUGUUCCAAUAAUUCAUGUUCCUUCUCAAGUGGAAUAAUGGAUAAUUUCUGGUUGCAUGUUAUGAAUUCGUCAGUGGCACACAUCAGUGAAGAAGAAAAUUUACGACAGUAAAUCAAGAACUGCACGCUUUUCAAGAUCGACAGAUCAGUACAGUUUCGCUCAGAAUUUUAUAGUCAGUUGACAGUUCUAGGAUACUCAGGACAUUGAAGAAAAAAAAAGUAAAAAUGAUUGCAGACUUGUACACCUAUUUCUCUGAUCUGCCGCGAUGGCACAUUUUUGCCAUAUUUCUCUCCGGAUAUUUGUUCUACUACUUGAUAGAAGUCGUAAAGCGUCCUAUUCUGGCGGCGUCGGACGGCCCAUUCAAGAAAUAUCUUCGUAAGCACAUUCCUAUUCUGGAGAUGAAAUUUUAUCCCACGUUCUGGUGUGUGGAAAGUCGAGCCCAGACAGUAUUUGCUAGCAUUAUUCGAUCGAACAUGAUUCCCAAAAUCGAGUAUCGAAGAGAGGUUCUAUCCCUGAAGGAUGGUGGUGAAGUGGCUCUGGAUUGGUUGGAAACGAACUGUGAUAGCGAUUCGCCUUUGAUCAUCAUCCUACCUGGAUUAACAGGAGAAUCACAGGCUGAAUAUAUCAAAUGUUUGGUGACGGCAGCAAAUCGCAUUGGUAUCAGGACGGUUGUGUUCAACAAUCGAGGUCUGGGAGGAGUGGCUUUGAAAACGCCCCGGUUGUACUGUGCGUCGAACACGGAAGAUCUCUCCGAAGUGGUGAACCAUGUGAGGAGAUUAAAUCCCCACGUGAAAAUUGGGGCUACCGGGAUUUCAAUGGGUGGAUUAAUAUUGGGAAAUUAUUUGGCCAACUACAAUGAGGAGUCCAAGUCGAUUCUAACAGCGGCAAAAAUCAUCUCGGUCCCCUGGGACGUAAACAAAGGUUCCGACAGUAUUGAGCAACCAAUUCUCAACAGUAUGUUGGGACGACAUCUAGCUGGAAGUUUAUGCCGCACCGUUCGAAAGUACGACAUUCUGAGAAACGAGAACUUCGAGUGGGAUAUGGAUAAGGUUUUGCAGAGCAAAACCAUAAAGGAAUUUGACUCUCAUUUUACAUCGAAGCACUUUGGCUACAAGGACGUGGACAGUUAUUACGCCCAGGCUACUCUGCACAAUAAGCUUCACAAAAUUAAAGUGCCUUUGUUGUGUCUGAGCGCUGCUGAUGACCCUUUCCAACCGUUGGAUGCCAUUCCUAUAAAGGCCGCAGCAAAAUCAUCUCACGUUGCUAUCAUUAUUACGGCUCGCGGUGGUCACAUUGGAUUCCUCGAAGGAUGGUGGCCUGCCAACAAGGAUCAGUACAUGGGUCGGUUGUUCGCCCAAUUCUUUUCGGCGGCACUGUUCGACUCGAGCAAUGAAUUUUAUCGCACUUCACAGCUUAUGAUGGAGCACAACCUGCAGGCAUCGACUUCUGUUCCGACAACACCAGUUUCCCGAUCGACUAGCCCAAUUCGGAAGAAAUCUAUCCCGUUCUAAUAGUGAAACCAUGCAGAUGAAAUAAAUUAUUUGAAGUGGACUGGUCCGCUGGAGUCCUCAAAUUUUGUCCAAAUUAUCAAUCAAAUGCGAUAGAUUUUGUGAUAUCGAUAUAACUAGUGUCGUAAAUACUGUUAUUAUGAUAACAUUUUGUGCAUCAGCGAGCACAAAAAUUCUAACAUUGCUACAAAUACGUAGACACACGAACAACGAUAGAUGAUGCGAUUAUGAGAACAUUCUUUGUUUUUGGUAAAUACAAUAAACGAUCGUUAACAUUAAUCAGUAGCUGAUGAUUCAAGUUUAUAAUGUUUUAGUGUAAAUUUUAAACAGUUAUUGAAUAUGUUCAGAAGAAAAGUUGCCUUGCAAAUUUUUAGUGAUAGUGAUUUUGUGGAGCUGGUUAACUUAGAACCUUCAUAUACUUUUUCCAGAUUCACAAAAAAAUCUCUUGGACAUUGCACAAAAGACACUACAAUCCCCUGUCUUGAAUAUUUAGGCAUCUGUAUCAUUUCAAUUCCAAAUACCUGAAAGCCUAAUCCCAACCGUUAGCUUACCUGGGAGCAAAUGAAUUAAAAAAGAAAUAUUUUACCAAGUUAAAAUUGUACCUUUCAUAAUAUCAAAAGCAAUAAAUAAAAAUUUUCAUUCACAUAUCAGUGAAGAUAGAUAGUUGGAAAUAAAAAGAAACAAAAAUACGUGAAGCGGACGAGAAUUUUUCGGAGGCGGUUAAUGCGACAAAGAGAAAACUCAAGUUAGGAUUUAGUACGCAUUGUUUUCUGACAAUAAGUAAACUACAACUCAUCUGUUCGACGGCGUUAUAUUAGUUCAAUAGCAUUGCUGGGAAAUAUUUUCAGAUAACAUAAAAGAAAAACUUUCAAUAUUCUUCGAUGAAAGCAAUAAAGGAACAAAGUUCCCCCAAAUGUAGUCGAUAUUUAAUAAACACAAAACGAGAAUUUUAACCUAAAAAGAGUAUUUUCAAUCUAUAAUGAUAAACGAUUAAGCUAAAUCGAUUUAUAGAAUUAAAACCUAACGAUGGAAAGAAUAGACUCUCCAUGUCAAAAUAUAGCAUUUCCUUUUAACUUAUGUUCUGUUUUUUAAUGAACUCAGUGUUCAGCGAUAAAUAGGUUCCCAAAAAACUUGCUAAAAACGCUAAAUACAUUUAGGAUAGUUGUAGAUAGUUUGUAGGUUAAUUGAUUAGCGUUAAGACCAACAGUUAUUGCAACGGAAUAAAUUACUAAAUGAACUACUUGAUUACAACAUUAAA